AUGGCAGCACAACGGUCCCAGCAAGAACUCGAAAAUGAGGUUAAAAAUCUAGAGCGCCAGCUAGAGAAAGCCAUGUCGCUGCUAAAUAGACGUAAUGAUGGAGAUGUAAUUGGAACAAACGAGUGCAGCUCUGGCGCAUCCUCCCACUCUCUCCUUUUACUCUCCGAUUCCGCACUGCCUCUCGGCGCGUUCGCCUACUCCAGUGGUCUAGAAUCCUACAUCCUCCACCACAAGCCCCUACCGGCUGGUGUCACUCCAAUUUCCUCCUUUCACAAUUUCCUCAACCUUUCUAUCAUUUCUAUCGCUGGCACGACAUUGCCAUACGUCCUCAAAGCCCACAGGUGCCCAGAUCAGCUUGAAACCCUAGAUGAUGACCUUGAUGCCUCAACACCUUGCUCCGUAGCUCGCAGGGCGAGCGUCGCGCAGGGCAUGGCAUUGUUUACCGUUUGGGAACGAUCAUUCAAGGCGUCCUCUGAUGCCAAUUGGUCGCCGGCUGGAAAUUUGAGGAACACGGGCUCCGCUCAUGCGCGAAAGGCAGUCGUAGCCCUGCACGCAUUCUCGGAAUCAAUGAAGCAGCCCCCCGCUGAUGGAGACGACGAAUCUCUGCUGAACAGUCACACAAGCGGUCAUUUUGGCCCAUUAUGGGGCGCCGUUUGCGCUGCGAUGGGCGUGGAUCUACGACAAACAGCAUAUGUUUUCAUGUUGAACCACGCAAAAGCUGUGGUAAGCGCUGCCGUGAGAGCCUCUGUGAUGGGGCCAUACCAGGCUCAAGAGGUAUUGGCUGGUAGAGCUUUGCAAGAGUUGAUUGCGCAACGGAUUCAAAAAGAGUGGAACAUUGAGCCCGCGGAUGCUGGGCAGGUUGCUCCUGUCAUCGACCUUUGGGCACCCUCCAUUGUGUUGAAAAUUCAGCAAAAUUCGGAAAUAUACCCAGUUGUUCAUCGUGUGAGCUGGACUCCAAACAAAUCCGAUUAUCCCAAACAGCGAGAUACCCUGAACACACCGGAGAACUCCCAAGCCUUUCCAGCCGAGUUAAAGACAAAGGCGCCGUGCCCGGAAAAGAACGCCCUCGACCUGAUUAGCACGGAAAAACGCUAA